CCGCGGGGGCGGAGUCACUGGGUCCCCGCCCGCGGAGGCGGGGAGGGAGUCGAGGCCGCCGGCAGCUUUGGCUCGGCUGGUUCCGGGUUGAGAGGCUGCGCUGGGACCGAAGCAGUGGCCUCUGAGCCGGCGAGGCUCCUGCUUCUCCGGGCCUGCUCCUGGCACCCAUUCCCAAGAGCUGCCCCCGACAGCGCCGCGCUCUCCCCGCCGCCCCCUGCAUCUCGGGGGACCCUCUCCCACUGCCCCUGGCGCCAUGGCAUGCAGUCUCAAGGACGAGCUGCUUUGCUCCAUCUGUCUGAGCAUCUACCAGGACCCGGUGAGCCUGGGCUGCGAGCACUACUUCUGCCGCCGCUGCAUCACCGAGCACUGGGUGAGGCAGGAGGCUCAGGGCGCCCGCGACUGCCCCGAGUGCCGGCGCACGUUUGCGGAGCCCGCGCUCGCGCCCAGCCUCAAGCUGGCCAACAUCGUGGAGCGCUACAGCGCCUUCCCCCUGGACGCCAUCCUCAACGCGCGCCGGGCCGCGCGACCGUGCCAGGCACACGACAAGGUCAAGCUCUUCUGCCUCACGGACCGCGCACUGCUCUGCUUCUUUUGCGAUGAACCCGCACUACACGAGCAGCACCAGGUCACCGGCAUCGAUGAUGCCUUCGAGGAGUUGCAGAGGGAGCUGAAGGAGCAGCUUCAGGCCCUUCAGGACAGUGAGCGGGAGCACACGGAGGCGCUGCAGCUGCUCAAGCGACAGCUGGCAGAGACCAAGUCUUCCACCAAAAGCCUGCGGACUACCAUCGGGGAGGCGUUCGAGCGGCUGCACCGGCUGCUGCGGGAGCGGCAGAAGGCCAUGCUGGAGGAGCUGGAGGCAGACACGGCUCGCACGCUAACCGACAUCGAGCAGAAAGUCCAGCGCUACAGCCAGCAGCUGCGCAAGGUGCAGGAGGGCGCGCAGAUCCUGCAAGAGCGGCUGGCCGAGACCGACCGGCACACCUUCCUAGCCGGCAUGGCCUCGCUCUCUGAGCGGCUCAAAGGGAAAAUCCAUGAGACCAACCUAACCUAUGAAGACUUCCCAACCUCCAAGUACACAGGCCCCCUGCAGUACACCAUCUGGAAGUCCCUGUUCCAAGACAUCCACCCAGUGCCAGCCGCCCUGACCCUGGACCCGGGAACCGCCCACCAGCGCCUGAUUCUGUCCGACGACUGCACCAUAGUGGCCUAUGGCAACCUCCACCCACAGCCGCUGCAGGACUCGCCUAAGCGCUUCGACGUGGAGGUCUCGGUGCUGGGUUCGGAGGCCUUCAGUAGUGGCGUCCACUACUGGGAGGUGGUGGUGGCGGAGAAGACCCAGUGGGUGAUCGGGCUGGCGCACGAGGCCGCGAGCCGCAAGGGCAGCAUCCAGAUCCAGCCCAGCCGCGGCUUCUACUGCAUCGUCAUGCACGACGGCAACCAGUACAGUGCCUGCACGGAGCCCUGGACGCGGCUCAACGUCCGCGACAAGCUCGACAAGGUGGGCGUCUUCCUGGACUACGACCAAGGCCUGCUCAUCUUUUACAACGCGGACGACAUGUCUUGGCUCUACACCUUCCGUGAGAAGUUUCCGGGAAAGCUCUGCUCCUACUUCAGCCCCGGGCAGAGCCACGCUAAUGGCAAGAACGUGCAGCCGCUGCGGAUCAACACCGUCCGCAUUUAGUGCAGUGGAGGGCGACCGUGGGUGCCUGGGCUUGGCCACCAGCAAGAGCCUUGCCCCCACAGACGAGAGGCCUGGACUCUAACCCAGCGAGGCCACCCCUGAGAUCUCAGGCCUGUUGUUUACCCUUCAGCCUCAUUUCCCCAUCUGUGCAAUGGAGGUUGUGCUCCGUGACUCGGGAAAUCUCUUCCAGCACUGAUGUUCUGUAGCUCUGACCUUGAUGGGGAUGCAGUUGUGGUCCAAGAACCAGACCUGGCUUCUCCUCAUGGCAGCCCCUGCCUAACCCCUCAUUCUCUCGGGCAGGUGAUUGCAUCCCUGUCUCCUUCCUGCCCACAUGCCCUGACCUCAGGAUGUGUCAGAGUGUUGCCAGCAGUUGGCAACUGCAGAGAGAACCCUCUUAUGCUCCCAGGCCUGAGACUUGCCCCUGACCAAGCUAGUGAUGGGCUGUUUUGUCCUUGAUCACAGCCCACGGUGGACACAGGUGGUAGCUAGCCCCUAAAUCGCCUGAGAACCACCCUCUCCUUCCACCCCUGUACAAGUUUUACAGUUCCUGAUUUUCCCAUUUAUCUGUGGGUAAAAGUGAUAUUGGGCUUCCCUGGUGGCUCAGUGGUAAAGAAUCCACCUGCAAUGCAGGAGAUGUGGGUUUGAUCCCUGGGUUGGGCAGAUUCCCUUGGAGAAGGAAAUGGCAACCCACUCCAGUAUUCUUGCCUGGAGAAUCCUAUGAACAGAGGAGCCUGGUGGGCUGCAGUUGCAAGAGAGUCAGACAUGACUUAGUGACUAAACAGCAACAGCAACAAUAAAAAUGAUGCUGUGGCCUAUGGAAGGCACCCAGUAGUUGAGCCCACCUGUUACAGCCAAUAAGCCCACAGGCCUUAGGGCAACGGGAUGGCACACCCCAAGGCUCAUGUAGGACAAGCAUCACUGGGUGGUGGAGGUCCCCAGCAGCUCUGAACAAAGGUCCAACCGGGCCUCUUGACUUGGUAAGGGUGUAGCAAGGCUGGGGAGAGCUGUUGUUUGGGCCUGAGCACUGGGGUGGGCUGUCGGUUAGGCCCCCCCAUCAAUCUUGGCAUCUGUCUCAGCUGGGAUACCAUUGCGGAAAACAUGAGCUGCUUUAGCUUUUUUUAAUUAGACAAGGAUUUAUUACCAGGUCCCUAGUGGCUUUGCAAAAUCACUGCAAGGGCUAGAGGAGCCGACUCUGCUGAAUUUCCAGGAACAGCUCCCAGCCGCCAAAUUCAUCAUGUCUGCUAUGACCAAGAACGCUGCUCCCAUCGGCAGGCAGCCACUGCAUCAGAAGCUGCUGGCUGCAGAACUGUGCAGUCUCUGCUACUGUCCAUGCCAGUAAAUGAUGUCCUGAGGCCUGCCUCCCUCCAGGCAAUUUGGUUUCCAGAUCCAAAUCUCUACAAGGGAUUCUGUUUGGGGAAACAUAAAUCAGAUGCAGAACCUUGGCUGCAAGGGAGUCUGGGAAAUGUACUUUUCUUCUUUCCAGCCUCAUCCAUACAAAAGGCACAAUAGAAGAAAGUGAGACUGGGUGUUGCACAAGCUCACUUUCAGUUUUUGCCAUUGGAAUCCACCUCUAGGCCUUGGCUUUGAGGCAACAGAGCCUGUAGGUGUCCUGCUCCAAGGCUGUGUCCCUGUCCAGGACAGGCGCCCCUAGAGUGAGCCUGCAGAACCAAGCUGAAAGCCUCCCACCCUAGGCUUUCCAUUCCAGUUCUGGGGCCUAGAUUCUGAACUUGGGGUCUUUGGUCAUACCCAUCUCAAAGGAGCCAGACUAGCUGAACCUGGGGAGCUCCCACCUCACAACUGCUGCCCAUGGGGACCUCCCUUGGGCAGGAGGAAUCCUCAGUCUCACCCCACCCAUUCAGCUACCAGAAUCUGGGCCACCCCCAGCAGUAUUUUUAUCUUAAAUGUUACCCAUUUUGUGAGUUAUGAUGAAUUUGUAUUAAAUUAAAGUUACAGGC